AUGACCGUUUAUGUUGUGACUUAACUAUUGCAUUUAGUUCCCCUUAGAUAUUUAUAAUAAUCUCGACACAACACGCUUUGCGUUUGGUAUUACGACCAUUAUUACACAAGGAUAUUACUGUAUUAAGAUGUCGUUUUGUGGAAACAACAUCUGCAACGAUAUUUAUGGUGAGGUAUCUUACUGCUGUGGAUUCUUGAACGACCAAUGUUGUUACAAAAACGAAACCUCAGAGUGGUAUUCAAUGUGGUAUAUUUGGGUUGGGAUCGUUUCCUUCCUCAUUCUUCUUUCUCUCUGCUUCCGAUGUUGGCGACAGCAACAACAGAUCCAGUUGCAGAAUACUGUCCUUCGUAACGAAGUUAUCGUCACUCAAACAGAUAAUUAUCAUCAACCACUUGUCAAUCCGGCAGCUGAGAUAGAUGCUCCUCCUUCUUAUGAUCAAGUGCAAAGAUCUCCAGCCAAUCAGUAUCCUUGCUACAACACUGUUACCCAAUCACAAGUCACAAUUGAUCCCCUCCCCCCAAGGUAUCAACAAUAACAUUUAUAUGACAACCAAAGUGUAAAAAAAUCUUACCAAUGGUAAAUGAAGUGUCUUUAAAAGUUGAAUCCUAUUUCCCCCAAGUUUUAUUUAGUCCCAUGGCAUAGACACAAAGAUAUGUUUUUAAUAGUAAAAGAGAUUAGUGCAAUUUCAGAAUCCUGUUCAUAGUCCUUCUGGUAUGAUUUCCUUGUUCCUAAUAUUUAUAAUUUUAUUGCUUGCCUUUAUAAUAUUGUUUUUAAAUUGACCUUUUGUGUUGCAUUUGUAUCUCCAGUUUUUAUUCUUAUACCGAUAUUUUAUGCAUUUAUUUUAAAUAGGCUAAUGAUUAUGUAAUGAAAUGUUCAUUUCUGGGUGCAUCCACUAACCUAUACCAGUCCGAUUGUUUAACCCAUUUAUUUAAUUGUGAUUACACGAUACUAAAUGUGAA